AAAAAAAAAAAAAGAUUAAAAGCCUAAAGAUUAUUAGCAGUUGCUAGUGGUUUAGAGUUUUGGUGGUAGAUCAGAUCAGAUCAGAUCAUCAGGAAAGGGUUUUUGAGAAUGUCGACUAACAUAUUUUGGCAAGAAUCCCCCAUUGGGAACACUGAAAGGCAGAAGCUGCUAAACCAGAAGGGUUGUGUUGUGUGGAUCACAGGACUCAGUGGCUCAGGAAAAAGCACGUUGGCUUGCUCUCUAAGUAGAGAGUUGUACACCCGAGGAAAGCUAUCAUAUAUUCUUGAUGGAGAUAAUCUUCGUCAUGGUUUGAACAAAGAUCUUGGUUUCAAGGCAGAGGAUAGAGUGGAAAACAUACGCAGAGUCGGAGAAGUAGCGAAACUCUUUGCUGAUGCUGGAUUGAUCUGCGUUGCCAGCCUCAUAUCUCCUUACAGGAAAGACCGUGACGCUUGUAGGGAAAUGAUGCAGGGCUCAUCUUUUAUCGAGGUGUACAUGAACAUGUCUCUACAAUUGUGUGAAGCAAGAGACCCUAAAGGAUUAUAUAAGCUUGCACGUGCGGGAAAGAUCAAAGGCUUCACAGGGAUUGAUGAUCCAUAUGAAUCUCCCUUGAAUUGUGAGAUAGAGCUGAAAGAGAAGGAAGGAGAGUGUCCUUCCCCUGUAGCUAUGGCAGAGGAAGUCAUCUCUUAUUUAGAAGCCAAAGGCUUCCUUCAAAACCAGUAACCAUCAUCGCUUAUUUAGAAGCCAAAGGCUUCCUUCAAAACCAGUAACCACCACCAGAAUCCAACCAAGUCACAUUUGAUUUUUUUUUUUUUUUUUUUUAAAUAAGUGUUGGCUGCGUUCUUUAUGUUUCUUCACCCUCCUGAAACAAUGCAAAUGCAAAGAAGUUUGAACUAUGAAAG